AUUGACAAUCUUAUCACUCCUAUUUAUCUUAUAAUUCUUGUUCUUUAUAUAAUAUUCUAUCUAGCCACUCUAUUUUUUUUAUCUACCUGUCACAAGUUACAUUCCACCACAGAGUAUGUCUGUACUUUCAACUUUCACCAAAAAGUGAUACAAACUUGUUCAUGAACUAGACUAAGAAAAUAAUUAUCAUACCUUUAAAUUAUUUGUUAUUGUCUUGUACCUGUUUUGUAAUUCGUGGAUCAUUCUAUACGUGCUCAUUCAAAUUAAUUUUGGUUUUCUCUUUUCUAUUUAAUUUCUGUCACUUGUAAAAGUUUUUUUUAAUAAUGUCUCCCAUAAAGCUUUAUCAUUUUCCUAUCAGCGCUCCAUCUCGAGGUGCGUUGCUUGCCGCUAGAUCCAUUGGCGUACCGAUUGAAGUGGAGAUAGUAGAUUUAUUUAAGAAAGAGCAACUUAAGGAGAAUUUUCUAAAAUUAAAUCCUCAACACACUGUACCUACACUUGUUGAUGAUGGAUUUGUGUUAUGGGAAAGUCGUGCCAUUGCCUGUUAUUUGGCCGACAAGUAUGGUAAAGAUGACCUACUUUACCCCAAAGACUUGAAACGUCGUGCUUUAGUCAAUCAAAGACUAUACUUUGACAGCUCAUCCUUGUAUGUGAAAAUUAGAGAAAUUUUUCGACCAAUAUUAUUCCUUGGUGAAACAGAAAUAAAGAAACCUUUAAAAGAAGACCUUAAUAUAAUUCUAGGCUUUCUUGAUGGAUUCCUGAGGGAAAGUAAAUGGGUGGCAGGUGAUAAUGUAACAAUUGCAGAUACUGCAAUAUACGCUUCAAUGUCUUGCAUUCUUGCUGUAGGCUGGGAUAUUUCUGAUUUCCCUAAUAUACAACGGUGGGUAAAAAAUUGUGCUACAUUGCCUGGUGCUGCAGAAAAUGAGGAGGGUGCUAAAAUCUAUGGUGAUGCUAUAAAAAAGAAUCUAAAGCAGUGAAACUGUUACAAAAUAUAACAUAAUAUAUUUUUUAUACUUAAUGUUAAACCUUACAAUAUACUUUUAUAAUAAAAGUUUUAAUUAUAGUUGAAAA